AUGAAUGCUAACAGCCACCAUAGGAAAAAGGCCAAAUGCACCAAAUGCACAGAGGCCGAGCAACAUACUCAGACGGCCGAAGCCCAAUCCCCUGAAGUCGCAGCGCGAGACGCAAAUUCCCAUGCUGAAAGACUUGUGCUGGAAUUUGGAGGCGCAAAUCAGCGAGCCGAAGAGUUUCAGCGACGAGUCGUCGAGGCAAAGAAGCGCAUCGAUGACUGGAGAAUUUCUAGGGGUUUAACAUUUGCGCUCUUCACGAUCUCCGGUGCAAUUCGAGGGUUCCAACCACUCUAG